AUGGCCAACCUUGGAAACAAUCCUCCGGGUUCUAGACAGGUGAAGAUAUCACCGCUCACACAACGCAAGGCCAAGCCAACCCGCCUCCGGGCACCCCAUGGCAUGGGCAAUCUUGGCGCGAAUCCGGCGAACUCGUGCCCGCUCACGCUGCUGGGCUUCCUGGAGCGUGCGACCACCGUCUUCGGCGACUGCCCCUCCGUUGUGUACCACGACACGGUGUUCACCUGGUCCCAGACACACCGACGAUGCCUCCGGCUCGCCUCCGCGCUUGUCUCCCUCGGCAUCUCCCGCGGUGACACCGUGUCCUUGCUGUUGCCGAACGUCCCAGCCAUGUACGAGAUGCACUUUGGUUUGCCCAUGAGUGGCGCCGUGCUCAACAACAUCAACACCCGCCUGGACGCGCGCACAGUCGCCGUCCUGCUUCGCCAUUCCGGCUCCAAGCUCGUCUUCGUCGACCCGGCGUCUCUAAUGCUCAUCAGAGACGCGCUCCGGCUACUGCCGCCGGGGCACCCGAUCCCGCGCGUGAUCCCUGUCGAGGAUCCUCAUGAGGAGUUCCUAGGUGCCCCUGCUGACACGUUAACGUACAAGAGGCUUCUCAACAAGGGCGACCCGGAGUUCGCGUGGGUGCAGUCGGCGAGCGAGUGGGACCCGAUUGUUCUGAAUUACACCUUCGGCACGACGUCGCAGCCCAAGGGCGUGGUGCACUGCCACCGCGGGAUCUUCUUGUUCACACUUGACACGCUCAUUGAAUGGGUGGUUCUGCCGAGGCCGACGUACCUAUGGACGCUCCCCAUGUUCCACGCCAACGGCUGGAGUUUCCCGUGGGGGAUGGCUGUGGUGGGCGCCACCAACGUCUGCCUCCGCCGCGUCAACGUUGCCACCGUGUACACCGCCAUCGCGAGCCAUGGGGCCACCCACCUCUGUGGUGCGCCCGUCGUGCUUAACAUGCUGGCCAACGCCCCGAGGCGGCGGCGACGCCGCGCCCUGAGAAACUAUCUCAAUGACGACGAGGCGACAAAGGCGGCAAUACGUGAGGACGGGUGGUUCUACACGGGGGACAUCGGCGUGAUGCAUCCGGACGGUUACCUGGAGAUCCGAGACCGUUCCAAGGACGUGAUCAUCAAUGCUGGCGAGAACAUCAGCAGCGUGGAGGUCGAGUCGGUGCUUUACAGUCAUCCGGCGACGAACAAGGCAGCUGUGGUGGCGCGACCAGACGAGCUACAAGGCGUGACACCAGCUGAGCUGCCCAAGACCUCCACCGGCAAGAUCCAAAAGUACGUGUUUCGGAACCUCGCCAUGGAGAUGGGGCUGGCCCGCAAGGCUGACGGCCGACGCUAG